AUGGAGUCCUUGGCAUCUUUGGGGCCAACCUGGUCUAUAACCAUUGAUUACUCCAAGGAAAACUUGGCGGCCAUUUUAACUUCGCUCUCAGCAAAAGGGUUACAUGCCGUUACAAGACCGGGCCACAAUGACAAGACCCUGUAUGUGCUGGUCAAGGACGAUUCCAAUAUUGUUCCUGGCAUUGUGAGAGAGUUGUCUUUUGUCAAGAAUACUGUACCGCUUCCAGGUACCGCUCCCGAGCAACAAAGGAAACUUUUGACCAAAAAGAUGCUCCUUAGUGCCCUCUUGCCCUCAGACGAUCAUUUGAAAGAACUAAAUCAAAUGACUGGGACGCCAGAGACUGCGUUUUAUAUGGGCUUUGUAAAAAGCUACACGCGAUGGCUGAUGGCGCUCUCUGUUGUAGGACUGGGGUUCCGCCUUUUUUCUAAAAAUGCACCUUGGGAGUUUAAUAUGAGCUUUAUGUGUGUGGUUCUCAUAUGGUCACUUUUGUUCAUCGUUUUUUGGGGGGAUAGAACAGAGCCCAGCCUUUUGCAGCACAACCCUAUACGAAGGCUUCGCUCUUCCUCACCCGGUGUGCCACCCUCGUCAGUACGCUCGAGCUUUAUCAAGAAUAUCUUUUUCAUUCCCGUGGCAAUCCAGUUUGGAUUUCUGCUCAUUGCUUUCCAGUUUCUAUGUUUUUGCCUCGAGAUCUUUCUUCGUGACAUUUACGCGGGCCCUCUGAAAAGUUAUGCCCCCCUUCUUCCUACCAUCUUUAUUUCGGUAUACACCCCAAUUCUAACAGCUAUUUACAAUGCUGUAAUAGUUCGAUUUGUCAAAUGGGAAAACUCCAGCAGUCCAGAAAAAUCGAAGAUGCAGAAAAGAUUUGUUCUUGCGUUCCUUACAAAUUACACGCCUCUCUUCAUUACACUCUAUGUGUAUCUACCUUUAGGGUACACGAUGAACGAUCGUAUGAAUGCUGUUACCCACUUUUCGUCUCGCUGGCAUAUCCCAAUUAAUGUGGCGCAGUUCAAAAUCAACGUCGGUCGCUAUCAAGAUCAAUAUUUUUACUUUACCGUUAUGAAUCAAGCAAUUGCUUUAUUCCUUGAGAAUGCGCUACCUUAUAUCAUUGUGAAAGUGACUCAAAAAUUGCAAGACCGUCAUCCACUCCCCAGCAAGGAGAAAGUUGCAAAAGAUUACCCAGAAGACCUCGGCAUUUGGGAAUAUGUUUGUUUGGCGAACAGGGAGUCUUUUGGCGGGUUUGAUGUGAAUACCUUAUUGACGAAAUACAUCAUCCAGUUUGGAUUCAUAACAAUGUUCUCCUCGAUAUGGCCCUGUGCUCCCCUUGCCUGUGUGGUUUUUAACGUCAUUGCUCUGAAAUUUGAUAUUUGGAGAUGUUUGAACAAAUGCUCUAGCCAAGGCUUUUCCCAAACGGAUUUACCCGCCGAGAGUGUACGGAACAUAGGAGAAGAAAAUUUACCAUGGACAUCGCUUCUGAAAUUCUUGUUUUGGAUCUCUUCAUUCGUCUCACCCUCUCUGGUUUUCAUGUAUAAGGGACCAGAAAAUACAACUGUGACGCCUUUGUUCGAGAAACGUGAGACAUGGCUCAUGACUUCUCCCGUUCAGCGUGACUGGAGAAUGGUGGUCGUUAUGGCUGUCAUUGUCGAGCAUCUUGCUCUGCUUUCAUUCUGGACCCUAUCCAAAAUCGUUCAGCAGCCGCACCCAGCCAGAGGCGGACCUUUUAUUCCUGCCAAAAACUUAGUCGCCCCUCCUCGAAUUGACUUGGGAAAAGUUGUUGAAGAUUCUGAGAAGUUCAUGAGGCCAGGGGCAGCUGAUAGUUUACCCAAAAGAACGAAAAGCACGAGAGGUAGCGAUGGUUUGCAGAAGACCGUGAGAGCCGCGGAAGUCCAGAAAGGACAGCCUGCGGAGAAUGAUAUAGUUCAGCCUGCUAAAAUAGUCAUCUCUAAUGAUGUGAAAGCUGAAGAAAAAGACGAUGAGUCAGAAGUUGAAGCGAUGAGUAAAGACAGGGCAAGUGACUUCUCGUCCUCCAGCAGUGAUGAAAGGACUGAAGGAUCGGAUGCACGCCUGCCUCAGAGCGUGGAGAUGUCAGUGAGCUCUUCUGUUGCUGGGGCUACCCUUCCCGAGACCAUCCCAACUUCUAAGAACUAUCAUUUGAGACAUGAUGGAGCCGGUGGUGACCUUAAAAAGGAAGCUGCCCGUGCUUUAGAAGGCUUGGCCCGGAAAGAGGCUGGGACUGGUGCUGGUGCGGGAAGCUCAACUUCCAAGCCGCUUCAGCAUGAGCACGAAUCAAAACAUGUUUCAUCUGUUGAAGAUCAGCAAGUCCAGUUAAAUAAGUCUAGUGGUGCGUCGGAGAAUAAGUCCAAAGCCCUCGGCAAUCAAUUUGUUCCACAAAAUCUGGCUCAAAUACCAAACAAUCGUGCAGCUGCUACUAAGGUUGUGGAGUCCACCCCAGAAAAGCUUGCGACACCUGUAAAAACAAAGACAAAUGAGGAGCUCAAGACGCCCAUGAAGACCAGGAACGACGUUUCGGACCGUGUUUCUUCAAUCAAAAGUGGCAACGAUUCCAAGGCACAGUAUCUAGAGACUCCGAAGAGCUCUAAGCAUGUUUCUAGAUCAGGAUCGGCCAAAAAGAUGAAAAAGAACGUUCUGGGGCCCUUAGAGAAGCUCAAAAAAAAGUUCCCAUAG